AUGUUCUCCUGGGAGGACUCGCGCAAGCCUCUCAGCAAGUGCACUCGGUGCCUCGAUAAGGACGCCUGGUUACGCUGCACCGAGUGCUGGGAUAGUAGUCCGCAUUGCACGCAGUGCCACCUCACCGCGCAUCGCCACCACUGGUUCCAUUGGGUGGAGGCCCGCCGGAGUGAUGAUGAUCUCGACUUCACCAUUCGCCUAGGCCACGGUGGUGAGGCAUGCCCGUCCCGAGGGGGGUGGUUAUCGCCAUCCAAAAUCACCAUUUGCCACACGAACGGCAUCCAUCGCUGUCAAGUCGAGUUUUGUCACUGUCUCCAUGCCCCUUCCGUCCCCUGUCAACUUAUCCAGGAGCGCAUCUGGCCCGCCACCCUGGAUCAGCCUCAAACUGCGUUCACAACUCCACUACUCACACUGUACGACCACCUUUGGAACGUCAGCAACGUCAACGCCUACGACUUUAUUGACAUCUUGCAACGUCUGACCGACAGCGCGUUUCCUGACAAGGUGCCGGACCCCUACGACGCCUUCCGUCGUGUACAUCGCAUGUUCGAGCACCUGACGAUGAAGAAGCGUGCCAGUCAUUACCACGGCGUCAAGAUCCCCAACUGGAGCUCGGACGACCUCACGGUUGCAUGUCUUACUUGCCCACUCCCCAGCGUCAAUCUUCCCCAUGAUUGGGCUCAGGAAACGCGUGCCCCAUAUAUUUACCGCCACAACCUCGGGGUCGACGCCUGCCAUGGUAUGCCGAAGAGGACCAAGAACGACGACAAGAACGACAAAGCCCUUAGCGAGGGGCAAGGGUUCAUGGUCAAUUGUACUUCCAUCUAUCAGAUGAUACCGCUAACUGUCGCGAAGACCCAUACCUGCAGCAGCUUCAAGGUUGCUCGCGCGCAGCGUUUGGGCAAGUUCCGGACAGUCGAUAUCAGUGGCGUCGCCGCCAUAACCUGUCGUCAUACCUUCUUUUUCCAUCAAGGUGUAAUCGACCUCAUCUCGGGAGAGCGGUGA